GUUCACUUAAUUGCUGAAGAGUUGCAAAUGCGUCUUGUUGAGUUGUCAGCCAGUGAAAAACGUAGCGCUAAUCUGAUACGAUCAAAAAUAUCUGGUGCAACGCAGAAUUACCAAGUAGCGGUUUCACCUCUGAUGCGAUCGUUCAAUGCGAUGCCCCUUUGUGCGCAACCACCAAUUGUUUUGAUCGAUGAUGCUGACGUAACAUUUGGUGAUGAAGAAAACUUCUGGUCAACAUUAACGACUGUAUGCUCGGAAGCUAGAGCCCCCGUUGUUGUGACUUGUUCCGAUGCUGAACUUGUUCGUCGGGAGCUACCUGUCGCGGCUCAUCAUGUUAAUAUGUUUCUUCCAGAUGAGCAUCAAAUAUGUGAAUAUCUUAAUGCGAUACUUGUUGCAACUGGUCGAAAUGAUGUUCCGAAUGGGUUUUUGCAUAAGAUGGCGAAAUAUCUGAGAUAUGAUCUGAGAGCUUGCAUCAAUCAUUUGCAAGUGUAUUCCACUUCUUCACAGCUGUUGCUUAAUUCGAUAUCUGACGAAGAUACUGAUGCGGCGAGUGGCAAGAAUGAAGACUACCUACAUCGGGCAUGCUACCUCAGUUCGAUUUGUUAUCACGCUCGCCAGCCUCACCUCAAGCACAGUGCCGAAUAUCGAACUCAUUAUUGCAGUCCAAUGACAGCAGUCGAUCAUGAAGAAUGGAAUGAGCCCAAUCGCUUACUAUCGGAAGAAUAUCCAUCUAUUGUUGCUGAGGCGAUUACUCCAAUUCAUGCUAGCAUUUCGGAUACACGCAGAUUCCUGUUUGGUUGUGAAUAUCGUUCACUUGAUGAGCUUGCUUGUGACUAUGUUCCAUAUUUGGCACUGAUCGACAAAGCGUGGAGAAAAGAUAAUGUUGCAAGACGUCGACUUCACUAUUUCGACAACUUCAAAUCAAAUAUUGGUGGAAGGCAGUUAANUUUUUUUGAGUCUCACUGUAGUGAUCUCUAA